UAUUGAGAAAAAAACAGAGCUGCUCGUGUAUGUUAUUUUCAAUUCCGCUGGACUGGAGAAAGAAAGGGCGCAAACGCAAUCGGGAGCUGCGCAUCUCUCCGACUUGUCGACCAAUAACCAGAAAAGAAUGGCAGAAUCUAGUAUGAAAAAGAUUCGUCGGUUGCGUCAAGAUAGGAUCAGCGAGCUGCCUUUGAAAAUAAAACAAAUUAUCCUCUGCCUUUUGCCUAUACAAGAUGCUGUGAGAACCAGUGUCCUGUCGAGAAAAUGGAGACUGUGUUGGACUACAAUGCCAAAUGUAACUUUUGAUGAUCAAUUCAGCAUCUGGUAUAAAUUGGAAGAAUAUUGUUAUGACCGACGAGUGGUGACGAUUAGAUUGGUAACUGUGGUAAAUAAAGUUCUCCUAAUGCACAGUGGUUCAAUCCUCAAAUUUACCCUCAUGCUGCCUCGAAGUCAACUUUGUGAUGGUCAAAUAAUAUAUGAGUUUAUCGAUCAGUGGAUUCCACUAUUAUCAAGAAAAGGUAUCAAGCAACUUAUUGUAGAGGAGGACUAUGAGUUUCAAGAAACCAUGGCGCAUGAUUUCUCUUCUCUAGAUUUGACUCAUUUAAGGCUUACAAAUGUUUUGUUUCCCUAUAAACCUGCAUUAGGAGGCUUUGCGAAUCUGGUUAAUCUCGAGCUAGUUCAUGUUACUUCUAAUUUUGGAAAAAGCAUAUUCGAUUGUCCUGGGCUUGAGAAGUUGGCUUUGAUACUUUGUGAAGGACUCUUCCCUAUGAACUUCCGAGCGCCUAAUCUGAAAUGUCUGCAUCAAGUAUAUGACAAAUUAAACUUGGACUAUGCUUUAGCUGGGUUAGAAAACCUUACAGAGUAUUCUUGCAUGUUUUUACGAAGCCUACUGAUGCCGCCAGAAACACCCAAUGUGGUCAAGGUUCUUGGCAGUUUACAUAAAAUUGAGAAGUUCUCUUCAGGAAGGGAAUAUCUUAAGUACUUAGCUGCUGGAGGAUGCCCAAAUAGACUUGCUCAGCCACUACCUUACCUAAACACACUAAACAUCUGUGAAAUGAACUUCGCUGAUUUGUCAGAGGUUUUUUGUUUGCUUUGUUUGAUUCAGAGUGCUCCCAACUUGUGCAAUUUACAUAUCUCACAUAGCGAGUGUUACCAUUAUGAGGAUGAAGUUUGUGGGUGUGAUGAUGAAGGGGAUCUCAAGAAUUACUGGAUAAAAGAUUCUGAAGAUUGUACUAUAGAUCAUCUCGAAAUUGUCACGUUCAGUGAUUUCUUAGGUCUCAGAUCAGAGUUCGAGUUGGUCAAGUUUCUACUAGGCCACAGUCCGAUGCUGAAUACAAUGUCCAUCCACCGGAGUAUAUACAUUAAAGAGGAUGUGGCAUUAACAAUGGCGGAAGAGAUUAUGCAAUAUUCUAGAGCUUCAUCGACAGCAGAGAUUAGAUACCUGGAUGACCCUGUUAUCAUUGAUGAUUUUGAUAAUGAGCUUUGGACUUAUCUCUUUGAUAUAUGAUAGUGUGUAUUUGCUAUGCAGCGAGCUUAUGACCCAUACUUCUUUACAAAUGUAUGUAUAACUCUAUGAAUUUUAUGUGCAUCUCUUCUCAACUUGUGCGCUUA